AUGGAUAUAGUAAUGAUAGUCUAUUUGUUCUCUUUCUUGUUGGUUAUUAGUUUUGUGGCUUUUGCUUCUAAGCCUUCUCCUGUAUAUGGUGGUUUGAGUUUAGUAGUUAGUGGUGGCUUGGGGUGUGCUAUUGUUGUGAGUUUGGGAAGUACUUUUUUGGGUUUAAUUAUGUUUUUAGUUAUCUUUGGGGGUAUGUUAGUAGUUUUUGGUUAUACUGCUGCUAUAUCUACGGAGGAGUAUCCUGAGAGUUGGGUAAGUAAUACAGUGGCUUUAGGUAUAUUAUUGUUUGUUUUAUUGCUUAAGUUAAUUUGGUAUUUUGUGUUGGAUAAAGUUGAGGUUGCUACUGUUAUUGGAUUAUUUGAUGUUGUUGGUAAUUCUUAUGUAAGUCAGGAUUGUGGUGGUGUUUCUUUGUUGUAUGGGUGUGGGGGGUGAAUUUUAAUGUUUUUGGGUUGAAUUUUGUUUAUAACUAUUUGUGUAGUGUUAGAGAUUGUUCGUGGUUGUGAUUAG